AUGCCGUGUCUUUAAAAUAGAGAUGGUAGCGAUAAGUCAAUUCGUUUAUGUUUAUGGGAUGUUAAGACAGGAUAAUUAAAAGCCAUAUUAGAUGGUCAUAGUAAUUAUGUACGAUCAGUAUGUUUCUCACCAGAUGGAGCUACUUUAGCAUCUGGUAGUAAUGAUAAGUCAAUCCGUUUUUGGGAUGUUAAGACAGGUUAAUAAAAAACCAGAUUGGAUGGUCAUAGUAGUUUGGUCUCUUCAGUAUGUUUCUCACCAAAUGGAACUUCCUUAGCCUUAGGUAGUUAUGAUAAGUCAAUCCGUUUAUGGGAUGUUAAGACAGGAUAAUUAAAAGACAUAUUGGAUGGUCAUAGUAAUUUUGUACGAUCAGUAUGCUUCUCGCCAGAAGGAGCUACUUUAGCAUCAGGUAGUAGCGAUAAGUCAAUUUGUUUAUGGGAUAUUAAGACAGGAUAAUUAAAAGCCAAAUUGGAUGGUCAUAAUGAUGCUGUUUGGUCAGUAUGCUUCUCGCCAGAUGGAACUAUCUUAGCUUCCUGUAGUGAUGAUAAGUCAAUUCGUUUAUGGGAUGUUAAGACAGGAUAAUAAAAAACCAAAUUGGAUGGUCAUAGUGAUUAUGUAAGGUCAGUAUGUUUCUCACCAGAUGAAACUAUUUUAGCAUCAGGUAGUUAUGAUAACUCAAUUCGUUUAUGGGAUGUUAACAAAGGAUAAUAAAAAGUCAAAUUAUCUGGUCAUACUGAUUUUGUUUUUUCAGUAUGCUUCUCACCAGAUGAAACUACUUUAGCUUCUGGUAGUGGGGAUAACUCAAUCAGAUUAUGGGAUAGUAAAACAGGAUAAUAAAAAGCCAAAUUAGAUGGUCAUAGUAGUUCUGUAUAAUGAGUAUGCUUCUCACCUGAUGGAACUACUUUAGCAUCUGGUAGUGGGGAUAACUCAAUCAGAUUAUGGGAUAUUAAAACAGGAUAAUAAAAAGCCAAAUUAGAUGGUCAUGAACAUUAUGUCCUAUCAGUAUGCUUCUCACCAGAUGGAACUACUUUAGCAACUGGUAGUAGUGAUAACUCAAUCAGAUUAUGGGAUGUUAAAACAGGAUAAUAAAAAACCAAAUUAGAUGGUCGUAGUGAUUCUGUUUAUUCAGUAUUCUUCUCACCAGAUGGAACUACUUUAGCAUCUAGUAGUGAUGAUAACUCAAUCAGAUUAUGGGAUUUUAAAACAGGAUAUUAAAUAUAACCUUCAGGUUAAAAAUACAAAAAUCUACUAGCAUAAUUUAUAAAUUAAAAUAACCCCUUUGCAGAAGGUAAUAAUUUUUAAUUACUUCUUUUUUAAAUAUACUCCUAAUUUCCCAAUCCCUAAUAUUUUAAGCAAAAACACCUCUGA